CGCAUUCUAAGUAGUUCAUCUUAUGAUCGCCAUAGCCGCAACCCUGUCAUUUCCAAGAUGACCUCCCAUCGAAAGAUCGCCACAGGCAAUCGAGUAGAAGUUCUUAUCGGAAUAAGGAGUCGCGCUUUUUGAUGUUGAUGACAAAAUCAUAUCAAGAUGGGGAGUCGUCUGGAAAAUAACUCGAAUUCCGUGCGAAAGCGCAUAGAGAACCAUACCUUCUCCGAUGAAGGAGGCGACGAGUACGAACCUAGCGCCUUUGGAGGAUUUGAAGAUUAUUUCCGUCGCAAGAAGAUCAAGUUGCAAAAUCUUGAUUCCGAAUUACGAGCUUCAUCAAAUGACAAGCCUCAGAUCUUCAAAGGAGUAGUCGCACAUGUUAUGGGUUAUACCCAGCCAUCACUCCAGGUUCUUCACCUUGAUUUGGUUCAACAUGGAGCUGGAUUUCUCCAGUAUUUGGAUUCUAAGACCAUGGCCACUCAUAUCAUAGCGUCGAAACUACCGCCGAAAAAGAUGGUUGAUUUCGGCAAAUACAGGAUAGUGAAACCUGCUUGGGUAACGGAUUCUAUCAAAGCCGGAAAACUUCUUCCGUGGUCCGAUUACCGGGUAAUAGAGGAGACUCCGAGACAGAAGACAUUGAAGAUGAAUGGUAGUGGAAUAUCCACCCAGUCAAGCCCAUCUCCAUUGUCAGGGUACCGAGAACAAACCGAGUCAAGUUUCUAUACUAGUCAACUCAAGGGUAUUGCGCAGUCUAUCAAUGGAAACCACCUUGGAGACAUUACACCCAACCGACCGGGGCCGGCUAACAAAUUAGCUCAAAGGACUGACUCUAAUGAGCCUAUGACGCCUUUGGGGUUACAGGAGUCGCGAGGCUCACCAGGGACCUCUGAUAAAUCCGAUGAGGAUACGGUCAUGUUGGUGGACUUUCCAGAACCUACACCUGAUAAUUCCAAUGAAAGACCGGAUCGCCCGAGCAAAGAUGAAUUGGAGGACGAUGUUCAAGCUGGACCAACAACUGAACAGCAGAAGACGAUGACUUCCGAGGAACAUAACGCUAUGUUACUCCAAGACCCUCGUAUGAGAAAGUCGUCAACCGCAAAUCCAGAUUUUAUACAGCAGUACUACUCUGAGAGCAGACUCCACCACUUGUCCACUUGGAAAGCCGAACUGAAGUCGAGAAUGCAGAGACUGGCUGCCGAGAAGGGUGCUCAAAGGAAGCCAAUGAAAAGGAAAGCAGGCGCGAGGCGUUACGUUAUGCACGUAGACUUCGACAGCUUUUUCUGUGCGGUCUCCCUGAAAAGUGCGCCUGAUUUCAUUGACAAACCUGCUGUCGUUGCACACGGAACGGGUUCGGGUUCGGAAAUUGCCAGCUGCAACUACCCGGCGAGAAAGUACGGCGUCAAAAACGGCAUGUGGAUGAAGCGAGCCAAGGAGCUAUGUCCUGAGCUCAAGGUGCUCCCGUAUGAUUUUCCGGCGUAUGAGGAAGCUAGCAAAGCAUUUUAUGAAUGCAUCUUAGAAGUCGGUGGCAUUGUGCAGAGCGUCAGUAUUGAUGAAGCUCUUGUGGAUAUUACCUCGGUCAUCCUAUCCGCAAUCGGUUCUGACGGCUCUGGGAUCGACGAAGGCAGUAUAUGGAGAGAACAGGAGAAAUCGGACCAGAUGGCAUCGGCCUUGCGAGAUCAAAUCAAAGCGAAAACUGGGUGUGCUGUUUCCGUUGGGAUAGGUGGUAAUAUUCUUCUAGCAAAGGUUGCCCUUCGGAAGGCCAAACCCGCCGGCCAAUACCAAAUCAAGCCAGAAGAAGUGUUGGACUUCCUUGGAGAGUUGAAGGUUGAUAGUUUGCCUGGAGUUGCGUAUAGCAUAGCCGGCAAGCUAGAGGAAAUCGGAGUGAAGCUCGUGAGCGAUGUUCGGCAGACUUCUAAAGAACGCUUAAUCAACACUCUUGGGCCCAAAACAGGCGAGAAGCUCUGGGAAUACGCACGUGGUAUAGACCGAACAGAAGUUGGCGAACAGCCGAUACGAAAGUCAGUUUCUGCUGAGGUCAACUGGGGUAUACGGUUUAUUAGUCAAGAGGAAGCCGAAGAAUUUGUGUUCAACUUGUGUAAAGAGUUGGAGAAACGAUUACUCAAUGAGCAGGUCAAGGGCAAGCAACUCACGAUGAAAAUCAUGCGACGCUCCUUGGACGCACCACUUGACCCGCCAAAACAUUUAGGGCAUGGCAAAUGUGACACUUUCAACAAGAGUGUCUUGUUUGGCGUUGCGACUCACGACUACAAGGUACUAGGAAAGGAAGCCGUUUCUAUCCUCCGUUCUUUCAAGUUCACCCCCGGCGACCUCCGCGGCCUAGGCGUACAAUUAACUAAACUAGAACCAAUCAAAACUUCACUGUCAGGUCUCGACGGAAGCCAGAAGAGGCUAAGUUUUGGUGCCUUUCGUACUCCCGGUUCGGCAAAGAAACCGGCCUUAGAACCAAUCCAAGAUGGCAUCGGCGGAGAAGAGACGAGUUUGAAACAGACUCGGCACGACUCUCAAGAUCCUAUUGCCGAAGAUCCCCUAACACCCCGGAAACCAAAGCCAGAAGCCCGCCACCCGGCGUUUACGAUAUCCCGGGCGAGCGAGAACGACGACAAGGCAAAUACCCCUUUAAACAUUGGCGGGACUCAAUUCAUCAUGCCAUCCAACCCAGAUCCCGCGGUGAUCGCAGAGCUCCCCCCAGACAUCCGAAGCCGGCUUAUGGGGCAAGGUAGCAGAGCCCGCGACGCACGACAACCAACACCAACACCAACAUUAACACCAACAGCCAAAUCCCGGACCCAAAGCCCAGCCCCGGCCAAUGAGAUCCCGCCCGAGAUCGACCCCGAAGUCUUCAACGCCCUGCCAGAGGACGUGAAAGCCGAAGUCCUAGAACAGUACAGACCCCGAAGCAGACAGCAACAGCAAAACCCCCCUCAAUCCCCGCGCAGAGACCGCCAGAUCCAGCAACCCCCGAAGCAGCAGCAGAAGACGCCGACCAAACGCCGGGUCGCCGGGCUAUUCGCCCGCGCGCGCGAGCGCCAAUCCGAUGCCAGCGCGAAGAUAAUCCAGACCACGAUCAAACACCAGCAGCAGCAGCAGCAACAGCAGGCCUCAGUCCCCGAGAUAGCUGACCUAGACCCGACCUUCCUCGCCGAGCUGCCCGAGGAAGUGCGUCGGGAAGUGAUCGCAGACCACCGGCGUCUGCGCGCGCAGCGGUCGGGCUUAGACCUGCCUUCCAAGCUCGCCAACAAGAACAAAAACCUAGCCGCCGAUGGAGAUGGCGACGAAAGCGGCACCGCCUUACCAGGCGGACAGACGCGUCUGCGCUUCGGGCCCAAGCCCGCCAAGAUAGCGUUCACGACAAACGGGCUCACGACGCUGCCCGAGAUACGCGAUAUGCUGAAUGUGUGGCACCGCGAGACGCGGGACGCGGGCCCGCACCGCCGGGACGUGGACAUGUUGGAGAAGUACCUGGUCCGCGUCGUCGUCGAGGAGAAGGACAUGGAUAAGGUGCUGAAGCUGGUCCGGUGGCUCGAUUACCUGGUCGAAGACAGCGGCGACGAGCUGGAGUACAGCGGGAAAGAAGCCUGGCGCGAAGUCGUCGGGCAUGUCAAGCAAGAAGUGCAGAAUGCGGUGAGGUCGAGGGGGCUGGGCCCGCUGGAUAUAUGAAGAAUGGAUCAUAUGGCAAAUAUGCGUUUUAUAAUAAGUUUACGUCGAUAUGGUAUAGUUACGAUCGAGACGACGACGAAAGAUGAAGUAUCUUAAUGAGACUGAGUGUUUUAAUAUUAAUAGCGUUGUAUUCAGGCAAUCUAGGCUAGGGUAACGCGAACGGAUGCUCCAUAUCCAUUAUUCAACACCUCCCUCUAACUCUUCCACCCCCAAGUCUCAUAGGUUUUCUUCACGGCAACUAGUUCCGAAAGGAACGACUCCGUAACAUCACCCACCGAGGUUAUCAAGACUUCAACACCGACUCGGACAAAUAGGAUCUUGGCGGAAGAAACAAACAGCAGAAACCGACCUCUCACUCACCCACCCCUUUCCUUACAUU